ACGGCCGAGUGGGAGGGAGCGGAAAGGGAGGAGGCGCGUGGGCUCCUGGUGGCGGCUACAGUGAGGGGGGCUGUGGCCUGCAGGACGGGGGGCUGGCGUCAUGUUCCUCGUUGCUCCUGUUCGCGCCGCUGCCGCGCAGUCGGUGAGACAGAUCCGCUACUUGCAUAAAACAGCUGUGCGCAGUGGAGGUGGAGGAGCCUUGUUUCUGCACAGAGAUACUCCUGAAAAUAACCCAGAUACUCCAUUUGAUUUUACACCUGAAAACUAUAAGAGAAUAGAAGCAAUAGUAAACAACUACCCAGAGGGACAUAGAUCAGCUGCUGUGAUUCCAGUACUAGAUCUGGCCCAGAGACAGAAUGGAUGGUUGCCCAUAUCAGCGAUGAACAAGGUUGCUGAAGUUUUACAGAUGCCUCCCAUGAGAGUAUAUGAAGUAGCAACUUUCUAUACAAUGUAUAAUCGGAAGCCUGUUGGAAAAUAUCAUAUUCAGAUCUGCACAACUACACCUUGCAUGCUGAGAGACUCUGAUGGCAUACUAGAGGCCAUUCAGAAGAAGCUUGGUAUACAAGUUGGGGAAACAACACCUGAUAAACUUUUCACACUGGUAGAAGUUGAAUGUUUAGGCGCUUGCGUAAAUGCACCGAUGGUACAAAUAAAUGAUAAUUAUUAUGAAGAUCUGACAUCAAAAGAUAUUGAAGACAUAAUUGAUGAACUAAAGGCUGGCAGAGUUCCCAAACCUGGGCCAAGAAGUGGACGCUUUUCUUGUGAGCCAGCUGGUGGUCUUACUUCUCUGACUGAACCACCCAAAGGACCUGGAUUUGGAGUUCGAGCAGACCUCUAAGCAUUUAUAUAAUAAAUUAUAAAAACAUAUUUUGUCUGAAAAUAAAAUACCGUUAACCUCAUUAAAA